AUGUUGCCUCAGAGGAGCGGACAGAUACCUUCCAGAAUAAUCAUGAGCUGUUACUGGAAAGUGCUGGGAAUUUUCUUACUAUUUCUUCAAAGUGUACUGUCUGUCCAGCCAGCCCAGCCCAGAGUGCUUCUGGUAUCUUUUGAUGGAUUUCGAUGGGAUUACAUCUAUAAAGUCUCAACUCCCAAUUUUCAUUAUGCCAUGAAGAAUGGGGUUCAUGUCAAACAGGUCACUAAUGUGUUUAUAACAAAAACAUACCCUAAUCAUUACACCAUGGUGACUGGUCUCUAUGCAGAAAGUCACGGCAUAGUAGCUAAUGAGAUGUAUGAUCCUGUUCUGAAUGAAACUUUCUCCCUGAACAAAAUGCAGACCCAUAACUCCAAGUUCUGGGAAGAGGCCAGCCCAAUAUGGGUAACGAACCAGAGGGAAGGACACAAAACCGGUGCAGCUAUGUGGCCAGGAACAGAUGUGAAAAUACAUGGAGUCUUGCCUACACAUUAUAUGCCCUACAAUGAAUCUGUUCCCUUUGAAGACAGAGUUGCAAAGCUUAUUGACUGGUUUACAGCAGAAGAACCCAUAAACUUUGGUCUCCUGUACUGGGAACAGCCUGAUGAGAUGGGCCAUAUUCUGGGCCCAGAAAACCCACUUAUGGGACAAAUAAUUAGAGAUAUUGACAGAAAACUGGGAUAUCUCAUGACUGAGCUGAAGAAAGUGAAGCUGUGGGAUGUGAUAAAUAUCAUAAUCACAAGUGAUCAUGGAAUGUCACAGUCGUCGUCGGAAAGGCUCAUCGAGCUCGAUCAGUAUGUGAACAGAGAGCUCUAUAAAGUCAUUGACCAUUCUCCUGCAGUAGCCAUUUUGCCAAAAGAAGGCAAACUGGAUGAAGUAUAUGAAGCUUUGGCCAAUGCUCAUCCCAACAUGACUGUUUAUAAAAAGGAGCAGAUUCCAGACAGAUUGCAUUACAAACACAACAGUAAAAUUCAGCCCAUCUUAGCAGUGGCUGAUAAAGGAUGGGAAAUUGUACGUAAUAAGUCUGAUGGUUUUCUACUUGGCAAUCACGGAUAUGACAACAUGGUACCAGAAAUGCAUCCAAUUUUUGUGGCAGUUGGGCCUGCUUUCAGAAGGAAUGCCACCAAGGAAGUCAUGAAUGCCACAGACUUGUACCCCUUACUGUGCCACCUGCUUGGCAUCGACCCACUGCCAAACAAUGGUUCCUUCAAGGCUGUGAAAGAUAUACUUGCUGAAGGAGUUCCUAGAGCCUUUGGAACAGAUACCUAUUCCACAGUUGUAGGAGUCUUCCUGGGCAGUUUGCUUGUUCUGGUUUUCACUGCAGUUUUUGUUAAGCAUUUUGUCCUGGCCCAAGCAAAUCCCAUGCAAAUCCGACACACUGAAGCUGCCCAACCACUGCUGCAAGAUUAG